AUGGCGUUCACCUUCGCAGCAUUCUGCUACAUGCUCACCCUGGUGCUGUGCGCCUCCCUCAUCUUCUUUGUCAUCUGGCACAUUAUAGCCUUUGAUGAACUGCGGACUGACUUCAAGAACCCCAUCGACCAGGGGAACCCAGCGCGGGCACGCGAGCGUUUGAAAAACAUCGAACGCAUCUGCUGCCUCCUGAGGAAGCUCGUGGUCCCGGAAUAUUCCAUCCACGGCCUCUUCUGUCUGAUGUUUCUGUGUGCAGCAGAAUGGGUGACCCUGGGCCUCAACAUCCCCCUCCUCUUCUACCACCUCUGGAGGUACUUCCACCGUCCCGCGGAUGGCUCUGAGGUCAUGUAUGAUGCGGUCUCUAUCAUGAAUGCUGACAUCCUCAACUACUGCCAGAAGGAGUCCUGGUGCAAACUCGCCUUCUACCUGCUCUCCUUCUUCUAUUACCUGUACAGUAUGGUUUAUACGUUGGUGAGCUUCUAAGGGUGAAGCCGGCCAGGGAGCAAGCCCAGAAUGGACCGGACGCCUGUGCACCCCUAGCCCUGCCCUUCUGGCCAGAGAGGCCUCAGCCCUGGGGAGACAGGGGGCACUGGUGCCUCCAACCUCUCCACCCCCCAAACUGCUGCUGCGGGGAC